AUGGAGCAGCACAACUUGUCACCCCGGGCACCGCCUGCAAACCCGGGAAACAACUCAUCAUCAUUGUCAUGGGCCGUACCCGCUAGUGUUACGGAAAAUCCUCCCGGGGCGACGGACGAUACAGCGUUGGCAACACAAUCUAUCCCAGAUCCUUCCACCCAUCCACGUAGCUGCACUUUUUGUCGCCAGCGCAAAGUAAAAUGCGACCGCAAGAAACCAUGCUCAUACUGCAUUCGAUCAAAUGCGGAAUGCACUUAUCCUCCUGGUCGGGGCAGAGCCGCAAAGCGGCCGCGGAAUACCCUGAAUGCGCAAGUGAUUGAUAGGCUUCACAGCUUAGAAGCCAUCAUUAAACGCCUAACAGUAGAGCGCGAUCUCACUGCUCCACCUGGCGGUACGGUACCCUCACAAACCUGCGAGGAAUUAACGCCCACUUCGGAGUGGUUGACACCCGAUGCUGGUAUCGAGCAACAAUUUGGGCGUUUGAUAGUGGAGGAUACACGAAGCCACUACAUUAGCAACGUUCUAUGGGCAAACUUAGCCAACGAGAUCGAAGAGAUGCGUGACAUGCUCUAUGAUCCGGUUUCUGACGAUGAAAGCUGCGCGCAGAGCCAAACAUCUGUGUCCAACUUUGGUAGCCCUCUGCAGCCCAUCACCACAAUACUGGGGUUUCUAAUACCCUCCGAACCCAUGCGUACGCAGCAUCCGCCACUAUUUCAAUCCGUGGCUUUGCUUGGUCUUUUCACCGAAAAUGUGCUGCCACUUGUUCACAUCUUUCACAUGCCAACUACCUCCAGACUAUACUGGGAUGCCGUCGAGUCUCUAGACUCUCUGGAUAAGAACACGGAGGCUCUGUUAUUUUCAAUCUACUAUUCAGCUAUUCUCAGCGCAGACCCGCAUAAACGCGAGAGUAUCGUCGGAGUAUCAUCCGGCGUCGCUGUGGAAACAUAUCGCUUUGCUGUCGAGCAGGCCAUAGUUAGAGCCGACCUUUUGAACACACGGAGCAUACUUUUGCUACAGGCGGUAGUUCUCUUUCUUUCCGCCCUCCGGAACGAAGACGACUCACGCUUGGUAUGGUCGCUUAUCCCGCUUGUUCUCCGCAUCGCUCAGGCUAUGGGACUCCACCGUGACGGCACUAUAUUUGGACUGAAACCACUUGAGAUAGAGGUACGCAGACGAUUAUGGUAUCAUAUUUGCCUACUCGAUAUUCGAUCAUCCGAGUAUCACGGCUAUGAGCCAAUCGUCCACGAGGCUACUUUCGACACGAGGUUACCGCUAAACGUAAAUGAUAGUGACCUCAAUCAUCAAAUGACGAACCCUCCCCCAGAACGCGAAGGGCAAACGGAGAUGACGUUUUGCCUCAUCCGAUGCGAGGUUAUGAGGGUAGGAUGGAAAGUCGGCUACGCACCGCCGAGCUUGAGAGUUCCUGGCCUAGUAAGAGAAGGGCUGUCGGUAACGGCUCGGGAAGAUUUGGUCGAAGGCCUAAACAAGCACUUGGAAGAUAAAUACCUGCGACAUUGCGAUACUACGCAGCCCUUUCAGCGAUUCUACACGAUCGUUGCACGCUCGAUCAUUGCCCGAACAUGGCUAGUGGUUCUCUACCCAACAACACGGAAGGAUAAUAAUACCUGCACAUCCAGCCUAAGCGCAGCGGCGCGCAAUAGACUCUUUUCUAUCUCCAUGGAAGUCCUGGAGCUCUCUAAUUUACUUCUCACCGAUAAAGAUCUCACCAGGUGGACCUGGCAUUGCAAGACUUAUGUGCAGUGGCAUGCGGUUGCAUUCAUACUCUCUGAGAUAUGCUCGCGGCCGCCGUCUACCGAAUGCGAACGCGCAUGGCAGUGCGUCAACACGGUGCUAGAUGGGUGGCAGGCCAAAAAGCACGAUAAGAACAGAUCUCUGUGGGGCCCCGUCAGACGGCUGAUGGCAAAAGCGCGGUAUGUGCGAGAAAUGCAGCAAAGAGAUACACUGGACAGUGGUCAGUAUGCCGCAACUCCUACGAAUCCGCUAGAGCUUCCGUGUGAAAGGAUGCAAGAGGUGCCGCUCCCUCUGGGCCAAAUACCCACCAUGUCUCCCGCUACGAUGGAACCGAUGCCCGGUUUCCGGGGAACUGAGUCUCUAGAAGUGCCUAGUUCUUAUAUAGAGCCGACUUUAGAGGAUCUUGAUAUAGAUUCAGUCGCCCCGUGGUGGGUAGACGCCUCUAUAACGAUGUAA